UAAAGGUAUUGAGCUGGUGGUUUAUGUUUCCUGUGCAAACUAUUUUCACCACCUUGAAAAACCAAUGACUUCCUGAGAACCGUGAGAGACGUUGAAUCCACCAUCAUCAUAUACAUGCACUGACCGUUUAGGAGAGAGCUGGGUACCUUUUGAGCGAUGGAGGAGAUCUAUGAAAAUGGUGAUUACAACAAGCCUGUCGACCCAACACCUUCAACAAAUCAGACAGGUCCCAGGAGCUCAGAGAGGAGGCUUCAUGGAGCCGUGGUUCUCUGUCUGGGGCUGCUCAGUGUUGUCCUGCUGGUUGGACUCAUCAGCCUCGGUGUCUCCUACUGGGAUUUAGCUGCAGAACACUCCACUGUCAAAGCCAACCUGACGGAGCGUCUCCAGGCCAGUAAUGACAAGCUGUCCUCUGUGUCUGAAGAGAGAGACCUGCUGAAUGCCAACCUCACUUCAGUGUCCAAAGAGCUGGACAGACUUCAGAGUUUGUCCAAACAGAAGAGAACUUGUCCUGCAGGAUGGAAGAUGUUCAGUUGCACCUGCUAUCUCUUCUCCACUAAGACUGAUUCUUGGGAAAAUGGCAGACAAGACUGCAGAGACAGAGGAGCAGAGCUGGUGACCAUUGACACUGAUGAAGAACAGGAGUUCAUCUCUAAAACCAUCACGGAAGACAAUUGGAUUGGUUUGAAUGACAGAGAAGAGGAGGGGACCUGGAAAUGGACAGAUGGAACUCCACUGACUGUGGGGUACUGGAGAAAAGAUGAGCCUAAUAAUGGUGGUGGAAAUCCACAGUGGGGUGAGGAGGACUGUGUACACAUCAGAUCUGGUGUGAAUGCCAAAAACAGCUGGAAUGAUCUGCAGUGUGAUAAGUCUCUGAAGUGGAUCUGUGCCAAAAUGUCAUGAGUUUUGAAAGGACUUUCUUUUUUUUUCACGGAAAAGCUGAAAUUGCUUUGCUUGUUAUUAAUGUGAACUAGCUAAAUUUAGCAUUUGUACCCCUUAUUCUAUCAUAAAGAUUGACUUUUAAUAGGGAGAUAGUAAUAAUAAUAAAGUUGCUUGAUCUCUUAUCAGAAAGGUCUGCAUGUCAUGUGUUGUGGAAAUUCUACUUUGUGAGGUUGAGAGUUGCUAAGUCUCCGAAGAACAUCAGACUUCAGCGUAUGAAUCAGAUCUCUUUAAUAACACGCAGCGUGGAGAGAAGUCAAAAGUGUUCUCUCUCUAACUGAAAUCUAAAAUGUUAUUGCUUAAGUACAGAAACAGAGAGGAGGUUACCUUCAUUUACAACAGCCAUAAAACUUUUUCUUUACAUAACAAAGACUCUUUGCUGUUUGGGUGUAUCCUGUCCUUCCCAGGAUAGUGACUCUUUGAUGCAACAGAUGGGACAGCAAAUGUCAUCUUAUCUACAUUUCUGUAUCUUCCCAUGUAGGGGAUGUGCCCCCACCUGUAGCUCUCUGACACCUCAAUCAACAUGACAUUCUCCCCUCCUCCUCUCACAUCCUCCUCUGACAUCAGUCAAUAUGCCAUUCUAUUCACCAAACAGUACAAAAAUCCAACCAAAAUCAAUGGAUCAGUGUAGAUUUCACUACUAGUUGGCGAUCAACAGGCUCAGCACCUCAACAGAAUUUUAGGCUACUCUCAAAAUUCCAAAAGACAU